GGCGUGGAUUUUAAAUCCUCUGGGCCAAUGGGCAGCGGCCGCGGGCGCGUAACGCUCCGGAGCCGCGUUUGAAUCGGGCAGCGCCUGCCUCGCUCCUGCUGCCGCCUCCCUCCCUCCGCUCCGGCCACCCUCCGCUCCCCCGGCACCGGCUACAGCAUGAGCGCGGCAGGUGGGAAGGCGGCUCGUCCGACGGGCCGGACGGAACCGGCCCGGACGGAACCGGCCCGGGCGGGCAGCUCGGACGCAACGCCGGUCUCCGGCGGGAAGGAGGUACCGAAGGUGCUGGUGGAUCCGCGGACCCGGCGUAGCUUCGUGCGCGGACGGUUCCUGGGGAAAGGCGGCUUCGCGCGGUGCUACGAGCUGGCGGAGGCGGAGAGCCGGGAGGUGUUCGCCGGCAAGGUGGUGCCCAAAUCGCUGCUGGUGAAGCCUCACCAGAAGGAGAAGAUGUCCAUGGAGAUCGCCAUCCACCGCAGCCUGUCCCACCGCCACGUCGUCGGCUUCCAGGGCUUCUUCGAGGACUCCGACUUCGUCUACGUCGUGCUGGAGCUCUGCCGCCGCAGGUCGCUGCUGGAGCUGCACAAGCGGCGGAAGGCGCUGAGCGAGCCCGAAGUGCGGUACUACCUGCGCCAGACCAUCCUGGGUUGCCAGUACCUGCACAGCCAACGCGUCAUUCACCGGGACCUCAAGCUGGGCAACCUCUUCCUCAGCGAUGACAUGGAGGUGAAGAUCGGUGACUUUGGCCUGGCCACCAAGGUGGAGUACGACGGCGAGCGCAAGAAAACCCUGUGUGGGACCCCCAAUUACAUUGCUCCAGAGGUGCUGGGCAAGAAGGGGCACAGCUUCGAGGUGGAUAUCUGGUCUAUCGGCUGCAUUAUGUACACUUUGCUGGUGGGGAAACCGCCUUUUGAAACUUCUUGUCUAAAAGAAACGUACAUCCGAAUCAAGAAGAACGAGUAUACCAUUCCCAAGCACAUCAACCCUGUAGCUGCUAACCUCAUCCAGAAGAUGCUGAGAUCUGACCCUGCCACCCGCCCAACUAUUGACGAGUUGCUGAAUGACGAGUUCUUCACAUCAGGAUACAUCCCCAGCCGCUUGCCCACCAGCUGUCUCACCGUUGCACCUAGAUUUUCACUUGCUCCCAGUGGGCUCGAAUUGAACGGGCGAAAGCCACUGACUGCACUCAACAAAGGACCAGACAGUCCUGCACUAGAGAAUUUGCCUGCAAAGGAAGACGUAGCUGGACUGCGGGAGCUGGGAGAUGCCGUUGACUGUCACUUAGCUGACAUGUUACAGCAGCUGACUGCAGUCAACUCGGCCAAGCCCUCCGAGAGAGUGGCAGUGAGACAAGAAGAAGCUGAAGAUCCAGCCUGCAUUCCCAUCUUCUGGGUUAGCAAAUGGGUGGACUACUCGGAUAAAUAUGGUUUAGGUUACCAGCUGUGUGACAACAGUGUUGGAGUUCUCUUCAAUGACUCCACUCGUCUUAUUAUGUACAACGAUGGGGACAACUUGCAGUACAUCGAGCAAAACGGCACGGAGUCCUACUUCACUGUGAGAUCCUACCCCUCUGCCUUGAACAAGAAGAUAACACUAUUGAAAUAUUUCCGGAACUACAUGAGCGAGCACUUGCUGAAGGCGGGUGCUAACAUAACGCCACGGGAAGGAGACGAGCUGGCCCGUUUGCCCUACCUCUGCACGUGGUUCCGGACCCGCAGCGCCAUCAUCCUGCACCUCAGCAACGGCACUGUGCAGAUCAACUUCUUCCAGGACCACACCAAGGUCAUCUUGUGUCCUCUCAUGGCUGCUGUCUCAUACAUAGAUGAGAAACGGGAUUUCCGCACGUACAAGCUGAGCCUCAUCGAGGAACACGGGUGCUGCAAAGAGCUGGCCAGCCGGCUCCGCUACGCUCGCACCAUGGUGGAGAAGCUCCUCAGCUCAAAGUCUGGCUCAGCCCGUGUGAAACCCUCUGCUUAGGUCUUGUUUUCGAUGG